GAGGCAUACGGCAACCCCGAAAGCUUUGGCAGGUGAUUCUGCUCAACCCCAAAGCGCCUCUUUAUGCUGCUGCUACUUAGGGUUUCUGCCUACUGCUGCUGCCGCCGCCGCUCUUCGCCGUUUGCGUCGCUCGUGCUCGUAUUUGAAGGAUUCGAACCUUUGACCAGGUUUAGGGUUUGGGUUUCCCGGACUUGAGAGGUUCCCUUCACCAAUGAUAUGGGCCAGAGGUGGAGAUCCAAGGGGAAGACGGUUCCUGCCGACGAGGACGAGGAGGCGCAGUCCGUGAUUUCCCUUGGAAGCAGCGACGACGAGGAGGCGAACGAGGACCUCAGCCUCGCCAUCGUCGAGAAGGCGCGGCAGCGCGAGGCGAAAAGGAAGAGGUCCGAAGACGCCCUUGGUCCCGUUCCCGCCGCCGAGACCCCGGCUCCUGCCGUAAGGCUUUCUUCUGUCUUCCCAUCGUCUGGCGUUGCGGAGCUUGUCUCUGACCGGAACCCCGAAUCUUCUGUCGGUGGUCUGACCUCCCUGACUCAUGGGGAGAGGAAGAAGAAGCCGAAGAAGUCAAAGAAGAAGCAGCAGCACGAGGUUGAAGAGAAAAAAGUGCUGCAGAUUGGUGCUAUAAUCGAUGAAGAGCAGCCACCAAGAAAGGGAGAGUCAGUGAUCGCUGAGGCGAAUGGAGUAUCUGACAAUAUGGUUUUUCGAAAGCUUCUUCGUGGGGUAAGGUACUUCGAUCCUGGAGGGAAUAAUUGGGAGACUUGCUUCAAUUGUGGUGAAGAGGGCCAUAUAGCUGCAAAUUGCACAAUGGAGAAGCGGCAGAAACCUUGUUUCUAUUGUGGAUUGUUUGGACAUAAUUCGAAGCAGUGUUUACAGGGACAAGAUUGUUUUGUUUGCAAAAGAAAAGGCCAUCUUGCAAAAGACUGCCCAGACAAAAAUAAAAAGAUCGUUCAGGAGUCUGAAAUUUGCCUAAGAUGUGGAGAGAUGGGACAUAUUAUGUCAUCAUGCCCAAAUAAUUAUUCACCUGAUGAUUUGAAGGAAACACAAUGUUAUGUUUGCACAAAGUAUGGUCAUCUAUGUUGUAUAGACUUCAAAGAUUCCUGUCCAAUAGAAAUAUUUUGUUACAAUUGUGCCCAACCCGGACACACUGGCUUGGGGUGUGCAAAACCACGUGGCGAGAAUAUUUCUCUUGCAUCACCAACUUUAUGCUAUAUUUGUCAUGAGGAAGGACAUUUUGCACGGGGUUGUACAAAGAGGACUAAGUCUGCCAGAAAGAUGGGCGAAUCAUCGACACCUCGAACUUUUGACAACAAGAAUAGAAGUUCUAGGGGGACUAAAUCUGUGCCUCGUGAUUUUGGUAAAGGUCAAAGGAAAAAGAACUUGUUAUAUGAAGAAAGAUGGAACAUGACAACUGGUAAGUCAAAGAUAAAAGGCGGUUGGAUUGUUGAUGAUCCAGGUGAUCUUCCUAGAAAGAAGUUUAGAGCGCAUGAUUAUGCAUCUCCCAUGACAUCAAGAAAAAAGAGUCAUAGGAAUUAUUCAAUAGGUUUUAGUGGGCAUUCUUCAAAUUCCAAUACUCGUAAGAAAUGGAAGUCUCACACGGGAACUUCUGGUUCUCAAUGAUCAGGCAAGAACCUACUACUGAGAAUCUUCAGCAUAAAGAUCUGACAACUCACUAUGAUAUCUUGGGAGAGCUGAACCUUGAAAUCAUGUCACCAGUUCAUCCAUUUAGGCACACCUGGAAAAGUGUUAUGCUUAUUUUGCACCCAGCUACUCCUUGAAGAACUCUUCAAUGCCUUUUCAAAGAUCCUUGUCAUUAUGCUUUCAGCAGAUUGAGAGUGCUUGAGAAUCUCGAUUACGGAUAUGUCUGCACCGAACCUGGAGCAAGUGGGAUAUUGCAUAUAAAAACCCGUUGCUGCUUUUACUUAUAUUAGGGAUGUACAUUGUUACAUGUUAUUCCUGCAUGUAAUCACAGACUAAACAAAAUCAAAUCUCUGUUCAAUUUAUUUAUUUCAUCAUCUUCUAAGACCGUCAGAAUGUCAAUGUAAAAUGUUUCAGAGUGAGGAUCAUAAGAUAAGUAAUUCUAAAGAAUAUGGGUGAUCGUUGUUGA